UUCAAUUAAACCCUGUCACCGCUUAGGGAGAGGCGGUCUCUCCUGCCAGAGCAGGAGACUGAGCCCACCAAGUCCACAUCACAGGCCACUGAAUCACAGAGCGGGCAGUGGUACAACCUGGACUCUGACUCUUGCCCAGAAGAGUCCACACUGAGUGCCCCAUCAAGGAUCGAGGGAGACUGAGGCCUGGUGGGAUAACUUUAAUAUGGUGACGGAGUGGCUGGGGAGGCUGUGGAGGUAGAGGGAGGCCGGAGAGGGUUUAUCCUUCUGUGUCUACAUCAAGCCACCCUCCCUGACUGUCAUUGUCCAUUUAAACAUAUGGGUAAAUUGAGGCAAGUACUUAGCUGACAUUGGAGCCCCUAGAUGACAAGAGGUAGGCAUAGGAAUUAAGAACUCCAGCCUUGGAUUCUCAUAAAUCUGGAUUCUGAUCCUCAUCCCACCUCUUCCUGGCUGUUUACUACUAAGCUUUGACCUUCAGUUUCCUUGUCUUUGAAGUGGACACGCUGAUGGACCUCACAUAGGGAGUUCAAUCGCACAUAUGUUAAAGUGUUCAGGCACAACGUGCAUGCAAGAUACCACUGUUUGCUAUGGUCACUGUGUCAUUAAUAGGUUCUCCUGGGUGUCACAACCUGCAGAAUCCAGAGAGCAGCCAGGUGGUGAAAGCUCACAGAAGGACCCAGAUGCUCAGCAGGCCUAUUUCCUGGUACCCCAGUGUUCAAGGGGAAAGGACCAACCCAUGACCAAGGGAGCUGGAGCCUCUGCUUUGGAGAACAGAAUGUGUCCAGCCUAUGGCUUCCUGGGUCAGGGUGUGUGCCCAGCUGUGCCCGACACCGUGUGCCUGCCCCUGGCCACCGCCACGAUGCCCACCGGGGGUGCCCCUGGUGCUGGAUGGUUGUGGCUGCUGCCAGGUCUGUGCACGGCGGCUGGGGGAGCCCUGUGACCACCUCCAUGUCUGUGACCCAAACCAGGGCCUGGUCUGCCAGCCCGGAGAUGGCCCUGGUAGCCGGAGGACCAUGUGUCUCUUUGGCGAGGACGACGGCGGCUGCGAGGUGAACGGCCGCCGGUACCGCGACGGGGAGACCUUCCAGCCGCACUGCCGGCUCCGCUGCCGCUGCCAGGACGGCGGCCUCACCUGCCUGCCGCUGUGCAGCGAGGACGUGCGGCUGCCCAGCGCCGACUGUCCCCGGCCGCGCAGGGUGGAGCUGCCCGGCAAGUGCUGCCCCGAGUGGGUGUGCGACCAGGCUGCGGAGCUGCAGGCCCCAGGACACCAGUUUUCUGGCGUUGUUGCUCCCCUGCCCCCUGGUGUUCCCUGUCCAGAAUGGAGCACAGCCUGGGGUCCCUGCUCAACCACCUGUGGGCUGGGCAUGACCACCCGGGUGUCCAACCAGAACCGCUUCUGCCGACUGGAGACCCAGCACCGCCUGUGCCUGUCCAGGCCCUGCCCACCUGCCAGGGGUCACAGGCCAUGGAACGGUGCCUUCUAGAGCCAGCUGGGAAUAGAGACACAGUGCCCACUGUCCCUGGCAUGCAACCCUGUGCCCAGACCCCGAGCUGACACAGAUGGCCCCUGGCCAUGCUGACAACCAGCAAUCCAACUUGGGUUCACCACCCAGGACCAGGAGGGUAAGAACAUGCCAAGGCUGCCUGGUUCUCCUGGACCCUGUGCUACAGUGGGGUGCAUGUCUGGACCCCUUCUUUUAACUCAAACCCUGGGAGACUGGCCAAGGUUUCCAAGUACUCCGGAUUCAAUGUUGGCCUGCACACAGCCUCAUCACACAUCACACGGCGAGCUUUCUCUCUGGCUUCCCUGGGCAGGAGAUGGAAUGACCAUUCCUUUCAUAAUUAGGCUGCGGCAGGUGCUGGUGCUGAACGUGAUUGGCCGUUUGGCGGAAGUGUGGUGAAGGGGGCGGAGCUUGUGAAUAUUCUGAGCCUUCUUUUCCUUCCCCUGAGUUCUGUAAACUCAUUAGGAGGCUAUGUGUAAACCAGUGGGCAGGCUUAUGCUUUCCAAGAAUGCCCUGCCCAUCCGGAGAGAACUGAGUGGCUGAAUUCCUUAUGAAUGUCACAAGGUGACAUCAUAGUGUCCUGAAAAAAAGUCAGGAAAAUAAAUGAAAUCUACUUUGUAUUUGCAAGACCGAACCAUUGUGAGCACCAUGAUGGUGGGGCAGGGAGCUGGGCACGUUAGCUCCUCAACACAGAGAACAGCAGGGAGAACGAAGGCUCCCUGCUGGGGGCUGGGAACAACCUGGAAUAAACCAAGUCAAGUGUGA